CAUUUGAUGAUUGCCUGAUUUUAGUCAUGUGCAUACCCAGAAAGCUCCGACCAAUAACUUUCACUUAAACUUUCAGAGCAGAAGUGAAAUGCUGUUUUAUUAUGCAAAUAACCUGAUGUCCCUGCCUGGAUUCAGUUUUCAGUUUGGGAGCAAACAUAAUCAAACAGGUGUCUUUGUUGUUACAUCAUGACGUUUGAUAAAGUGAAAUGUGACUAUUGAUGCCUCCUGAAUAUUUCUGGGCUGUCUCUGCAGUGUCUGUGCUCUUCUGCGCCAUCAAGCGGCUGUUCUAAAAACAAAACCAACCAAGUUUUGUUUUCGCUUCCAAACUCUGAAGUUAGCCGGGACACACCCAGAAGUGUCCGUUUGUGAAGUUUAAUGUUCAGAUGACUUCGACAAACAUGGAGCUUCUUCCUCUCGUGUGUCUCUGUCUCCUGUCUCUGUCUGGACCAGCGUUGGCUGAUGAACACGGGCCAGGGGUCAUCAAAGUGAAGAAAGGCAGUGAUGUUAUUUUACCCUGUUCCUUCAGCAGCAAGGAGGACAUUAUGUCAAAGCUCUUUGACUGGAGGAAAGAUGGUGAGAAGGAGAUUUUCUUCUAUGAUGGACGCGUUCAUUCUAAUAUCGGCCGUUCAGGACAAGAUGAGCAGUUCAAAGGUCGCGUCUCACAUUUUCAAGAUGAGCUGAAGUACGGCAACGCCUCCAUCAUCAUCAGAAACACAAAGUUGACUGAUAGUGGACACUACACCUGUGAUUUUCCAGAUCUUCAGCAAAGACAAAGAUUCCACAUUGAGCUUGUUGUUGGUCGUGUCUUAAAAGACAGUUCAGAGAUCCGCACUGCAGUGAUUAUUGGUGGAGUUCUUGGUAGUUUGGCUGGUGUUUUUGUAUGGUAUAGUUUUUACACCAAGCGUUGCUGAUAAGAGAGAAAAUGCUCAGUGAGAUUCACCAAUUCAAAGAUCCCUGUGAUUCACCGCAGCUACCUGAUCAAGAAACUUAACUAGCUUUAAGUGCUGUGCAGUUGACUGUUCAAGUAAGUGUGUGUGUGUGUGUGUGUGUGUGUGUGUGUUGUGUAUAUACUUUUUGUGAGAAUCAGUUUGAGUUUAGACCAUACUGAGGAGAUAUUUUGCCCUAAACCCAACAGGAAGUUUGCCUUUUUAAAUUUAAUGGUAAUUUUUGGCAAUUUACAGGCUCCAUACUUUAACAAACUCCUCCUACUGAAUCGAUACGAUGGACAUCAAAUUUUUGCUGUGCAAUCUAAAGACAGUGACCAUGAAAAGUUUUGCUAUCUGUGAGUUUUCAUUGAAUGGUGUGUCUGUGGUGUGGCGUCAAAUAUUGAUGCUAUGAAACAAGAAGCCGUUAUAACUACAGUGUACAUGCUCACAUCUGUACCAAACAUUACAUGCUUGAUAAGAAUCCCACCUUGAAAACAUCUGCAUGCCAAUAUUCACGUAAUGUCAUAGCACCACCUACUGGCAACAGGAAGUAAACUUGACUUGACUUAUUGCAGACUUACCGCUCUAACAAAACAAGACUUUUGCCUUCAGAUGUGGUCAGACAACGUGUACGACAUAGUUUGGUUCAAGUAAAACUUUUAAAAUUCACCUAAACAUGGCAAAAAAGUUUUACACUAACUUUCCUUAUAACAUAUCUACACAUUAACCAUUCUGUAGUUUCCCUGGACAUAUAUUGUUGGAAUAAUGCAUAAAAGAAGCAACAUUUUUUAUGAAUUACUUCAACAGAAUUACAAACACCAUUCUCAGAACAGUUGGGACAUUUUCCAAAAUGCAAUAAAAACAAAAACCUGGGAUUUGUAAAUUCACGUGAACCUUUAUUUACCUUUACAAAGUUAGAAUUUCAAAAGUUGGGACAGAGUCAUGUUUACCAUUGUGUUACAUGAGCUUUCCUUUUAAUAACGCUUUCUAAACAUUUGGGAGGUAAAGAUUCAAAUUGUGCCAGUUUUGCAAUUGAAAUUUUUGUCAAUUUUUGGUUUGGAGACCAGCGUCAGGUGAGCCACAACCCAUCCUUACUUGCAAAGGCUGAGUCUUAACUUUUGUUGAAUGUAUUGCAGGCAUGAAAUUUUAACUGAACUUAUUUACAACAUGAUGAGGUCGGUUGUGUAACAGGAGUAGUUUCUUUUUAGCAGACAGGAUGGAUUUAACAAGGUGAAACAGAAGAGAGCAAGUGGCCUUUAAUGCAGACAGAACUGAUUAUUAAUGAAUCAUUCUGUUAAUUAAAUCCUGAUAUGUGGUGUGACUGAGUUUUACUCAUGGGCAGCUGUGGGAGAAUAAAAGAUUGACUUAAUAAAAAACUCUAUAUUUUUAAUAUUAAUAUUUCUUGCACUUUGUGUUUGGUUGCUUUUGUUCCUUAAUUUUCAUAUUCUGGUUAUUUUAUGCAACUCUUUUAACUCUUGCACUUUUGUCAACGUAGAUUAAUUUCAUUCCAGGCAUUACAAAGUUAAAAGGGAAUUAAUUAAACUAAACGAUUAAAACACAGUUUUAUAUACGUGUUCAAAGCUAAGGGGCUUGCACCAAAAAAGUCACACAUCAGUGACCUGAAACGACCAGGAGACCCCUGAAUGAGGAAUUCAGGCUGCUGCAGCUCAGAAAAGGUUCAAACGUCUGUGAUGUGUUCAGGAGCUUCACCGUGAAAUCUGAACCUGUAAAACUGACAGGCAGCUAGUGAAGAAUGGAAGAUGUUUGUGUUUCUAUAAUGAGUUAAAAUCCCAUCAGCAGCUUGUUUGAUGAGCCGGAGACAGAGAGGGACUUCUGUCCUGAAUAAAGAGAUCUGUAAUAGUCCAGACAAGAUGAGAUCAAAUCAUUUUAAACUUCUUCAGGCUCCUGAUGUCUAAGUGCCCCCGAGCAUCUCGCUCCCAAUACUCAGAGUACCACCUAGCAUGGUAGCUCACUGCCACUACAGCGUGAGUGAGUGUGAAUGGAUGAAUGAUGAGCAAAACUGCUGUAUAAAUACUGUUCAUCACCAAAUAUUAUCAGACUGCUUGUAUUUCUUAAAGAUCCUAAAUGAGGGAGACACAGGCAUUAACAGAAAUAUGAGUUCACUGAACUAAAUGCUGUAAAUGUGAAUAUUUUGUAGCUAAAGUGAGAUAUAUAUAAUGAGACUGUUUUAUUUUAAUAUUUGGGUUAUUAAAUUUGAGACACAUUUUAUUGUUUCUUUUUAUUUCUUGAGGAAGUGUCAUGUACAGUUACACACUGAACUACAAAACCAGUGUCAAAUGCUGACUAACGACAGUCCUGCAAUAAAUCCUCCUUCAAAAAGGUUAUAAUGUGAUGCUUAAUCGACUUCAUGGUCAUUUUGGAGGCUGACGUUUGUUGUGCUGCUGAGCUGUAUUGCCUUAUUGACGGGUGUUUCUGAUAUUUUGUCCACCCCAUGUAUAUCAGUGAGUGCAGGCUGAAUCACAGAAACACGUCUCUGAAACAGUUUGAACUCAAACUGAACAUUAAAACCUUGAUGAAGGAGAUUUAUUGCAGGACUGUCAGACUGCAUUAGUUUCAGGUGUUCCUAAUAAACUGGACACUGAGUGUUUGCUGACUGUGAUAUUUGAGUUCUCUGAAAGGUCAUGUAUGUUGAUGUUUCUAACUGAUGAUGAACUUGUAUCGUGUCAUUUCCUGCAGAGCUGAAUCAUUUCUGUCCAAACGUUUGAAUAAAACAUGAAAAAUGUCAAA